UUCAUUAUUCAAUUUUUUAAAAAUGCAUUCUGCAGGCACUUUGAUCAGUGACCACAUCGCAACAUGUUGAGUCAAGUCUGCCGCUCUGGCUUCCAGCCCUUCAACCAGCGUCUCCUGCCCUGGGCUCAAUCCACAGCUCUCUCCAGAUCUCAUCCUGUCCAGCCUUCAACCAUCAGAAAUGUCCGUUCUUGGAGCAACAUCCCAUUUAUCACUGUACCCCUCAGUCGCGCACAUGGCAAGUCUUUUGCCCACCGCAGUGAGCUGAAGCAUGCCAAGAGAAUCGUGGUGAAACUCGGAAGCGCCGUGGUGACCCGAGGGGAUGAAUGUGGCCUGGCACUGGGACGCCUGGCAUCUAUUGUUGAGCAGGUGUCAGUGCUACAGAAUCAAGGCCGAGAGAUGAUGCUGGUAACUAGUGGAGCCGUAGCUUUCGGCAAGCAACGCUUGCGCCAUGAGAUCCUUCUGUCUCAGAGCGUGAGGCAGGCCCUGCACUCGGGGCAGAACCAGCUGAAGGAGAUGGCAAUUCCUGUCUUAGAAGCCCGAGCCUGUGCAGCUGCGGGACAGAGUGGACUGAUGGCCUUGUAUGAAGCCAUGUUUACCCAAUACAGCAUCUGUGCUGCCCAGAUUUUGGUGACCAAUUUGGAUUUCCACGAUGAACAGAAGCGCCGGAACCUCAAUGGGACACUUCAUGAGCUCCUCCGAAUGAACAUCGUCCCCAUUGUCAACACGAAUGACGCUGUUGUCCCCCCAGCUGAGCCCAAUAGUGAUCUCCAGGGGGUAAAUGUUAUUAGUGUCAAAGAUAAUGACAGCUUGGCUGCCCGGCUGGCGGUGGAAAUGAAAACUGACCUCUUGAUUGUUCUUUCAGAUGUGGAAGGCCUCUUUGACAGCCCCCCAGGGUCAGAUGAUGCAAAGCUCAUUGACACAUUUUAUCCUGGAGAUCAGCAAUCUGUGACAUUCGGCACCAAGUCCAGAGUGGGAAUGGGUGGCAUGGAAGCCAAGGUGAAAGCGGCCCUCUGGGCUUUGCAGGGUGGCACUUCAGUGGUUAUUGCCAAUGGAAGCCACCCAAAAGUGUCUGGGCAUGUCAUCACAGACAUCGUAGAGGGAAAGAAAGUUGGCCUGACCAGGAAUUUAACCGUGACCUCCUGGUUCAUAGGUCGAUGCUCAACCACUGAGCCACGCUGGCUGGGCCGACAGGAUCUCAUUUUACUUUACAAUAUAGCACUCGCCACACGUCCAGUAGGACAGUUGCUGCUGCCCAGGUCUCCUCCUUUAUCAUCAUGCAUUUUUACACCCCCAGGGAGACUUGCACCUCCUCUGCUGAAACGAUUGAGCCUCUCCACGUCUAAGUUGAACAGCCUGGCCAUCGGUCUGCGGCAGAUUGCAGCCUCCUCCCAGGACAGCGUGGGGCGCGUUUUGCGCCGGAUCCGAGUUGCCAAAAACUUGGAACUAGAACAAGUGACUGUCCCAAUCGGAGUCCUACUGGUCAUCUUCGAGUCUCGCCCCGACUGUCUACCCCAGGUGGCAGCCUUGGCUAUUGCAAGUGGUAAUGGCUUGUUACUCAAAGGGGGGAAGGAGGCUGCACACAGCAACCGGAUUCUUCAUGUCCUGACCCAGGAGGCUCUCUCGAUCCAUGGAGUCAAGGAGGCCGUACAGCUGGUGAAUACCAGAGAAGAAGUGGAAGAUCUUUGCCGACUAGACAAAAUGAUAGAUCUGAUCAUUCCACGCGGCUCUUCCCAGCUGGUCAGAGAUAUCCAGAAAGCCGCCAAGGGGAUCCCGGUGAUGGGGCACAGUGAAGGGAUCUGCCACAUGUAUGUGGAUUCAGAGGCCAGUGUCGAUAAAGCCUCCAGACUGGUCAGAGACUCUAAAUGUGAAUAUCCAGCUGCCUGUAACGCUUUGGAGACUCUGUUGAUCCACCGAGACCUGCUGAGAACACCCCUGUUUGACCAGAUCAUUGAUAUGCUGCGAGUGGAACAGGUGAAAAUUCACGCAGGCCCCAAGUUCGCUUCCUAUCUGACCUUCAGCCCCUCGGAAGUGAAGUCCCUCCGAACUGAGUACGGGGACCUGGAGCUGUGCAUUGAGGUGGUGGACAGCGUCCAGGAGGCCAUCGACCACAUCCACAAGUACGGCAGCUCCCACACGGACGUCAUCGUCACGGAGAACGAGAAAACUGCAGAGUUCUUCCUGCAGCACGUUGACAGUGCCUGUGUGUUCUGGAACGCCAGCACCCGCUUCUCCGAUGGCUACCGCUUCGGGCUGGGAGCUGAAGUGGGAAUCAGUACCUCACGAAUCCACGCUCGGGGACCAGUAGGACUUGAGGGACUGCUUACUACUAAGUGGCUGCUGCGAGGGCAGGACCACGUGGUCUCGGAUUUCUCCGAGCAUGGAACUUUAAAAUACCUUCACGAGAACCUCCCUGUUCCUCAGAGCAACACCAACUGAGAGCCGCAGAGGAGAGCGGGUGUUCCGAGAGGUCCUCACCGCUGAGCUCGCUUCGGGACCUCGGGCUGAGCCGGUCGCAGCUCCCGCUCCCGAAGGCCUUCCUGCUGUGGGCUCAUUUUGGCAGCAUUGGUCUUGGCUAAUGACUUGCAAUCCAGCUCACCGUUUUCUUUUCCUCUUUUUAAGUUAGAAAAUAAUUAUUAUGGAUAGGGACUUUCUUAAUUGCUCUAAAUAGGGACUUUGCUUUGCAUAGUCCAGUUUUCUUCAGUGAUAGAAACAAAGGUCUGGUCUCCAAUGUAAGAAGCAAUGGAAAAAUUAUGGCCGCUUCUCCCCUUUUUACUGCCUCAGUGAGGUAAAGUCUCCCUUGGCAUUUGGUUGGUACCAGAGCCAGCCAUACCUAAUACAUGUUUCCACAUUUCUUUCACACUCGGAGUCAUCUUCGAAAAGGAAAGGUCUGGCACUUAGACGAGGGGCACCAUUCUCAUCAAAAACAAUCACCAAAAUGGGCCAAAUCAUCUCCACUGGGAGGUUGAUCUUUUGUAUUUAUUUGUGGAGUAACUAUAAGCAUUCCGGACGCUCGCAGCCUCUCCGGGUCCAGGAGAUUGGCAAUACUUGUGAUGCAGUUGGAACCUGGAGCUCAGACAGGUGUGGGUGUCAGGGUGAAGUAUCUGACAAUUAUGCUUGAAAUUUUUAUAUGAAUUUUUGUCAUCCUAUCCUUUCCCUCCAAAAUAAAAUUAGAGGAUUAUUUUAAUACUUUGGAUUGUUCCCCCUUUUUGAGAAAUAAAGUUCUUAUGAAAAGCCUG